CAAACCCUCAACCUGCUCCUCCUACUACAAUGCCAUCCCAAUUUGAGAGGCUGGCUCUGUUCCGGGUCUGGUCCACGAUGGUCCUUCUCUACACCUCGGACCACAGGAAGGGCUGGAGACAUAUCCUCCUCCACUUCCUCAGCUGCCUGACCCUGAGCCUGGCCUUGGGAGGGGCCCUCCUACUGGGCCUCUACUUCUCUCUGAACUACAGCCUAGUGGUGUGUGGAGUCACUUCAGGCUGCUGCUCCCUCCUGUUGACGGCUGGCCUGUUCUGUUCCAAGAGAGUCCGCUGCUUCUCCUUGCUGUUCCUCAUCUCCUGCACUAUGGAGCAGGGCAGGAACCUGCUUCUGACGGCAGGCACUGGGCUGGUGAUCCUCUGGAAUGUCCAGAACACCUUAAGAAACCUCAGAGAGGUGUCCAGCAGUCUGUUGUGUAACCUGGAGAAGAAGAGAGUGUUGUUGGAUGUCAGUCCAAUAGAUAACUAUGUCAGACUGCUGAGGUGGGUGGGUGAGAAGCUCAACACGUUCAUGGACAUUGGAGUUGUCAAAUACGAGUCAUCGUUCACCGUCGAACCCAAAGUUGAGUCCAACGAUCUGACGGUGAAACUUCAGGAUGCUGUCCGGACACUGAACACAACAACGAAGAGCGCUGAGGUGAGCAUCGACCUGGUGAUGGCUGUGUUCCAGAGAGCAGUCCCGGCACUAGGGGUCACCCUGGUCAUCAUCACCACUACCCUGUUCCUCAGAAAUUACUUCUUCAACCUCAAGUACCAGAACACUUUCAUCACCAGCAGGUUUAUUAGAUACGAUGAUCAACAGAGAGCUGAGGGGAAGCCCUACCUCCUCCCUCUGAGCCCAGAGGAGGCAGAUGAGUUCCGCUCUAUCCCCUCUGUCAGCUUCACACGGAGAGAGGGCUACACCGUGCUCUGGUUCCUGGUUCCAAUGCUCACCCACCUCCCAACCUGGCUCUUAUUCAUCUCCCUGGACGCACUGCUUUACUGGCUCAUUCUGAUUAUCAACAAACACCUUCUGGAACUGGAACCAUUCAGCAUUAACCUAAAGAUGAACCUAAACGAAGACAACAGCAUCGUGUUUAUCCCUCUCCCAGGGGGAGUCAUCUUGGAGGAUUUCUCCUACACCUACACCCUCUUUCAGGAGGAUUGCCUUCCCCAGCCCUCCCUGCUCCUCUCCAGGUCUCUGGUCCCCCUGUCUGUUAUCCUGGUUGUUCUACUGGUCCUAGUCCUGCUGUCUGCCAAGAUGGGUCAGCUCAAACUACUGGUCUCAGAACAGUUCUACAACGACAACGCAGACCAGAGGGUGCAGCAACUCCAUGCUAAGAUCAGCCACAAAAGAGCCAAGAUGAGGCCUCCAACGAAGAAGUCUCUGCUGAGACUGCUAAAACAAUUUGAAUAA